AUGCAAAUACAGCCUUACAAAGUACCUCUUAAAGAAUUCUUAGGCGAAUUUUUGGGAACUUUUGUACUUAUGUUUUUUGGUGAAGGUGCAACAGCUAACUAUUAUACAGUAGGUGCCUCAAAUGAUUGGCUUAAAUUAUGUUUGGGUUGGAGUUUGGGUGUGUUCUUUGGAAUAUUAGUAUCAGCAAAAUUAAGUGGUGCACAUUUAAAUUUGGCUGUUACUUUAGGUUUAUCUUCUAUUAAAAAAUUUGAAUAUAAAAAGGUUCCUAUAUAUUUUUUGGGGCAAAUUUUAGGAGCAUUAUUAGGAACAUUUACUGUCUAUAGAUUAUUCUAUGGAUUUGUUAAUGCCAAUCAAAUUCCUAAAUUUGCUUGGGAAACUGGUAGAAACAAAUUACUUAGUUUGCAAUGUGCUUUUAUGAAUGAAUUUUUACUAACAGGAUUAUUACUUCUUGUAAUAUUAGUAGUAAUAGAUGAAAACAUAUGUGGGAAAUUUCAUGUAUUAAAAGUUAGUACUAUAGUUGGAUUAACUAUUUUAUGUAUUGGUAUAAGUUUCGGUGGAAAUACAGGAUUUGCUCUUAACCCUUCAAGAGAUUUAGGCGCUAGAAUUCUCUCCUUUUUGGCAUAUGGAAGCCAAGCUUUUUCAGGAGAUCAUUUUUAUUUUUGGAUUCCUUUUAUAGCUCCCAUUUUAGGUGCUACUGUUUUCUGUCAAUUUUAUGAUAAAAUAAUUUGCCCAUUACUUGAUAUUCCAUCAAGCGAAAAAGAUGUUAUAGAUGUGUGA